AUGUUUGGGCUCGACAACGUGGUGUUCCCACGGAGUACCAAGUACGACCACGAGGAUAUGGAGAGUCAGGUUGGCCUCUACCCGGCGAUGCAGACAACUCGGAAAGGGGAGUUGGGAUCAGACGGCGAAGGAAACACCACCUCGACAUCCUCUUCGACUACGCACAGCAGCCAAUCCAGCUUGGAGUCGUCGCCCAUCAUCCGCCCAGUCGACAUUCAGCUCGAGCUCGACAAUUUGGAACUGGGGGUCCCAAUGAAGGACGCGUUUUACCCCCCUUGGUCUCACCCAACUCCGGUCCCCUCGAUGCUCGAGCUUGCUAGCCGUCUCCCGGCAGGCAGUCGCCCAGGCAAUUUUGGUAUUGUCGCACCCGGCGUGUUUCGGAGUAGUUUUCCCCAGUCGGAUGAUUACUCGUUCAUUGAAGGUCUCAAACUCAAGACCGUUGUCACCUUGGUUCAAAAGGAGUUCCCACAGGGCUAUGUUGGGUUUCUUGACAAGAAUGGCAUCCAGCAUAAAGUGUUUGAUAUGAAGGGGACGAAAAAGGAGGAGAUUCUGGUGGAGACGAUGAAGUCGAUCCUCCGCGUGGUGUUGGACCGCCGCAAUCACCCACUUCUCAUUCACUGUAAUCACGGCAGGCACCGCACUGGUUGUGUCAUUGGUGUCAUCCGCAAAGUCUCGGGCUGGAGUCUCAACAAUGUUCUUACCGAGUACAACGCGUACGCCGCGCCGAAGGCGCGCGAGUGUGACGUCAAAUACCUGACCAACUUUGAGACUGCGAGCAUGUCGACCAUUUUUCGCGACCACGACAAUCUCCCCUCCCGGGCAUAUGGUUUUUUUCGCGCCCUCCUCUUCACGGCUGUCGUGCUCAUCGUCUGGCGCCUUGCCGGAUUCCAUCUCCCGACGGAUGGAGUUGGCGUCGCUGACCGGCCGGAACGAGACGCUAAGAGCGACGAGUAG